AUGAUCAUCCUUUCCCAUUGCUACUUCAUCCCACUACGACAUGGGCGCAUCAUCCAGACAUGGGCACUUCGUCAAGACAUGGGCACAUCAUCCAGACGUACCCCCGGUCACAACGCCCACGUGAAGCAAAGAUACCCAGCAACGUCGGGCAAAAGCAGCAGUCCUAGGCGGCGGCUUUUCCCACAUCGCUCUGCCUCGAUACCUAAACCAACCCAAUCAACUUUGCAGUUUGAACCCUUACCCGUCCCUGUCCACGCUCCCACAUCUUGGUUCCAAAAUAUUGCCGCGGCCCUUUUGACCAAUAAUCCAUACACCGACAGUUCGCGCUCGCAUCUCCCAUCACGCCCCACUCCCCGGUCUAAGAGGAAGGGGGUGGUUGGUCACGCGCGGAGAUGA